GAAGCAGGCUCCAUGCACCGGGAGCCCGACGUGGGAUUCGAUCCUGAAUCUUCAGGAUCGCGCCCUGGGCCAAAGGCAGGCGCCAAACCGCUGCGCCACCCAGGGAUCCCUAUAGCAAGAUCUAUAUUACAUUCAGCCCCAGCAUCCUCAGGACCCAGCAGUUUGCCGUUUAGCUCGUAGGAUGAGGCAAGAGCGUUUAGGGGAGUAGUUGCCCUUUGCUUGAAAUAGUGAUUUUUGUCCCCCAACCCGGGAUUUUCUGUGCUGGAGCAUAUACACAGGUUGGAAUCCAAAAAGAGCAGGAACCUGGACACUCUUCCCCAAAGAAGAAUUUCAUUAGUUUGGAACUGGAGGAUUCCUUUGCAUCAGAUACUAAGAUGAAAGAAUCGCCAAUAGAUGGUGAAUGUGACAAAGCAAUGGCACCACAAAUGGGGCGGGUAGAUGAAAUUAAGACUGAACCUGACAGUGCUCAGGAGUACUGUCAAGCCCAGCAGCCCAAAACUCAGGAGAAUGAACUGAAAAUAAACACUACCUUUUCAGAGAGUGCUCCACAGUUGACUGCAGGCAUUCAGCUUUCUCUUACGUCAUCUGGCAUGAAUAAAAUGCUUCCUUCAGUUUCAACCACAGCUGUUCAGGUCUCCUGUUCUGGUUGUAAAAAAAUCCUUCAGAAGGGGCAAACUGCCUAUCAGAGGAAAGGGUCUACUCAGCUUUUCUGCUCCACGCUGUGCAUCAAUGAGUACAUUUCAUCUGCCAAUUCACCAGCUCUUCCCAAGAGAACUUGUUCAAACUGCUCAAAAGACCUCUUAAAUCUAAAGGAUGUGAUCAGUGUCCAGCUAGAAGAUACAUCUAGCAAAAAUUUUUGCAGCCAAUCUUGUCUUUCAUCAUAUGAAGAAAAAAGAAAAGUAUUUGUUACCAUAUGUACUAAUAGCAUUUUAACCAAGUGCAGCAUGUGUCAGAAGACUACUGUUAAACCAACCCAAACACUUACAUCUGUUCUUUGCAAAUCAUUGAAGCCCUCAGAUGAAAUGAUUGAGACCACCAAUGACUUUGGGAAGACAGACCUCUUCUGUUCUGUUAAUUGUUUCUCUGCUUACAAUAAAGCUAAGAUGGAAUCAUCAACAGUAAAUGUUUCUGUGGUACAGGAUGCCUCAACAGAGCUCUUAGCUCCAAAGAAAGAUACAACUCCAGUUAUAAGCAAUAUAGUGUCAUUGGCAGAUACUCAUGUUUCCCUGCCCAUCAUGAACUCUGAUGUCUUACAAGAUACAGUUUCUUCAGUAACAGCAAAAGUCAUUGUAGAUAGUUUACCCAGUGAAUCAAGUAAUGGUGUUGCUAAUAAUAGUGUUGAACAGCCAAGGCUUUCACCAUCUUCAUCAGUACCCAGUCAGCAUACAGUUGACUCCAGUGUAGAAGUACAAAGAGAUCAAGUGUCAAACCAAGAUGCUACAUACAAUAUGAAAUCUAUGAAAAUAAGUGAUGGACUAUGUCACCCAAAGUUUACAUCCAAAGUACAAAAAGUUAAAGAUAAAUCACGAAGUAUUAAAAAAUCUUGGUGUUCAAAUCUCCAACAUUUGAAAAACAGUAUUAAGAAGGAUGUGACAUUCUGUUAUUCAUGCCAGUUGUUCUGCCAAAAAAAUUUUAGUUGUGGAGGAGAAUCAUUUGCAGGCCAAGGAAUUUCUAAUUGGAAAAAGACUCUAGAAAAAUUCAGGAAGCAUGAAAAAAGUGAAAUGCAUUUGAAGUCAUUGCAGUUUUGGAGGGAACACCAGUUUUCUGAUGAAGCAGUCAAUGAUAAUUUAUCUAUUCAUUCAAAGCAGAUUGAAGGAAAUAAAAAGUACCUAAAGCUUAUAAUUGAAAAUAUUUUAUUUCUUGGGAAGCAGUGUUUACCAUUAAGAGGAAAUGACCAAUCAAUUUCAUCUAUGAAUAAAGGUAAUUUUUUAGAACUGUUAGAAAUCAGAGCAAAAGAUAAAGGAGAAGAAAUAUUUCGACUUAUGAAUUCACAAGUUGACUUCUACAAUAGUACACAAAUUCAAAAUGAUAUUAUUGAAAUAAUAAAGACUGAAAUGCUGCAAGAUAUUGUGGAUGAAAUCAAUGUCUCCUCAGCUUUUUCUAUAAUAUGUGAUGAGACAACUGAUAGUGCCACUAAAGAACAGCUUGCAAUUUAUGUAAGAUACCCACAAAAAAUGUCAAAGGCUAUCUUAAUUAAAGAAAGAUUUUUGGGCUUCAUAGAUGUUAAAGAGAUGAGUGGGACUAAAUUACAUAGGACUAUCAAAACGUACCUGCAGCAAAUUGGAGUUGAUCUGAAUAAGAUAUGUGGCCAGGCCUAUGAUAGUACCGCCAAUUUGAGGGGAAAAUUUAAUAAAAUUGCAGCAGAGUUCAAAAAAGAAGAGCCAAGAGCUUUGUACAUACAUUGUUAUGCACAUUUUUUGGAUUUAGCAGUAAUUAGGUUUUGUAAAGAAGUGAAAGAACUCCGAAGUACUCUAAAUACUCUCAGCUCUUUGUUCAACACUAUUCAUAUGUCUGGGGAAAUGUCUGCAAAUUUUCAAAACAUCUGUAAGCUAAGUCCAAACAAAACAUGCAAGAAACAUAUAUCACAAUCAUGUUGGACAGUUCACGAUCAUAUAUUACUAUCUGUGAUUGAGGGUCUUCCGGAGAUUAUUGAAACUUUGGAAGUUGUAUCAAGCCAUUCUUCAAACACAAGUUUGGCUGAUGAAUUGAAUAAUUUGUUAAUACUGGUCUCCAAAUUUGAAUUUAUCUUUUGUUUGAAAUUUCUUUAUCGAGUCUUAAGUGUUACAGGAAUUCUUUCCAAAGAGCUUCAAAGUGAAACCAUAGAUAUUUUUUCAUUGUCUUCAAAAAUAGAAGCAAUUUUAGAAUGUUUAUCAUCUGAGAGAAAUGAUGCCUAUUUCAAAACUAUCUGGGAUGGAGCAGAGGAAAUAUGUCAAAAAAUAACCAGUAAAGGUUUUGAAGUUGAAAGACCUUCUUUUCAGAAAAGAAGAAAAAUUCAGAAAACAAUAGAUUUUGGCAAUUCAGAUAGUAUGUUUUUUCCUACCUCAACAGAAGAACAAUAUAAAAUUAAUAUUUAUUACCAAGGAUUGGACACUAUAUUAGAUAAUUUAAAAUUAUGUUUUUCAGAGUUUGAUUAUUGCAAAAUGAAACAAAUUUCAGAACUAUUAUUUAAAUGGAAUGAACCAUUAAAUGAAACAACAGCCAAACAGGUCCAAGAAUUUUAUAAACUUGAUGCAGACAUCAUCCCAGAACUUAGAUUUUAUCGGCAAUAUGCAAAGCUCAAUUUUGUCAUAAAUUAUGAUUGUAUCAACUUCAUCGAUCUUGGCUAUUUGUUUAUUCAGCAUGGUCUUCACAAUAAUAUUCCCUGCAUAUCAAAGUUAUUAUAUAUUGGUUUGUCUUGGCCAGUUACUUCAAGUGCUCAAAAUAUAUUUUCUACACUGCCCCGUCUUAAAACAUAUUUAUGUCAUACCAUGGGACAAGAGAAGCUUAGUGGCCUGGCCCUAAUGGCUAUUGAGCAGGAAUUGGUAAAUAAACUGAUGGAACCUGAAAGACUCAAUGGAAUUGUGGAAAAGUUUAUCCAUCGGAUGAAAGAAAUAUAACACUUGCUAAUUUGGAUUUACGUAAAAAGAAUUUUGUAUUUCUAUUGGAAUGUUUAAUUUCAGAAUUUUAUUUUCUAAGAAAACAUUUUUUUUUCAUCAGAACAUGUAACAAUCACUUGAUUCAAAAUUCAAAAACCAGACUGAUGUAUAAUGAAAAGUCUCUUUCCCCUUUGUAGUAUGCAAUUCCCCCUCCCUGUUGUGUUAGCUGUUUCUCAGAUACGCUCCUGGCGAUAUUUUUCAUAGAUAGUACUCUGCAGUGCACACCAUUCUUCAGCUUGUCCGCUUAACAUAUUUUUGAAUUGUCCUAUAUCAGUACAUAGUUUCUUGGUUUCGUUUUACAACUACAUAGAAUUUCAUUGUAUGGAUGUACCAUAAAAUAUUUGAGCAGUCCCUAAGAGCAAACAUUUAAAUUCUUUCCAGUAUUUUGCUAUUAUAAAGAAUGCCACAUUUAGUAACCUUGUAUGUAGGUCAUACUGCACAUGAGUGAGUUACUGUAAGAUAAAAUUUUAUUUUUUAUUUUUUAAGAUAAAAUUUUAAAUUGCAAUUACUAGGUCAGAAGAUUUAUGCAUUUCUAUUCUUGAUAAAUACUGACAAAUUGCUCUAUAAGGAUUAUGCCCAUUUAAGUCCCAUUCAACCAUGUGUGUGUGAUAUUGCCUAUUUCCUUGAAUCUUUAUAAACAGAGUUCUGAAACAUAUUGAUCUUUACCAAUCUGUUCUAAGCCCCAGUGGAAUUUCGUAUUUUCACUGAAGAAUAAGGUUAGGUAUCUACUUGAGCUAUUUGUAUUUCCUUUUCCUAUGAACUGUCAUGGUUAAACAUGGCUGUGGUUUUGGUUGACACAAAUAGCUAGAUGACACAAUAUGAAUUCUUAAUCUGCCUUAUGAAAAUAUGACUGAAUAACAAAUAACACCCCCCCCCAAAAAAAAAAAACUCUUUUUCUAUCACUAUACUUUAAAAAGGUUCCGGUGAUAAAGGAAAAUCUGUUUCUCAGAGACUUACAAGAAUUUAGUGGUAGAUGUAUCUAGGCCUAGAAUUUUGUUUCUUUUAAGAAUAUUUUUCUGCCACCAUUCUGUUUCUUUCUCCUCAAUUAUUAUUUGUAAUUUUUCUAGAGAGAGCAUCCAUUUUAUUUAGGUUUUUCAAAAACUGAUUUAUAUAGAGCUAUAGAAAGUUUUUUAUUUUUUUUGUAUACUAAGUUUCCUCAUCAAUUUCUAUAUACAUGCUUCCUUUCUUGAUUAGCCAGCCAGUGACUGACUGACUUGUUUUUCAGACACAUUCUUAGAUUUAUUUAUCAGUCCUACCUUUUAAAAAUAUUAUGGUUUAACCUAAAAAUACAAAGAGUAUACUAAAUAACAUUUAAUCCUAUUAAAUCCUAACAUUUUACUAUGUUCCAGAUUUUUACUUCAGAAAUAAAAUAUUACAGAGCAAGAUGGAGCUCUCUUGCA